AUGGCAUCCAACGAAAACCCCCCGGCCGAGUCGGCUAGUGUCAACACCGACAUCGUCACCUUGACUCGCUUCUUGACGGAAGAGCAAGCGAAACACAAGGAGGCCACUGGUGACUUCACACUACUGUGCCACGCUCUGCAAUUCUCCUUCAAAGCCAUCUCCUACUACAUCCGCCGAGCGACACUCGUCAACCUGACGGGUCUAGCAGGCCAGUCCAACGCGACUGGCGACGACCAGAAGAAGCUGGACGUGAUUGGAAACGACCUGUUCAUCGCAGCCAUGAAGUCGUCGGGGAAGUGCGCCUUGCUGGUAUCAGAAGAGGAGGAAGAGAUCAUAUACUUCAAGGACCAGAAGGGAGCACGGUAUGCUGUGGCUUGCGAUCCCAUCGACGGCAGUUCCAACUUGGACGCUGGUGUGUCAGUCGGAACCAUCUUCGGUAUUCACAAGCUCCCCGAAGGCUCCACUGGUACGAAGGCGGAUAUCCUGAAACCCGGUAGCGAACUCCUGGCGGCCGGAUUCACCAUGUACGGUGCUUCGGCGCAACUAGUCAUCACCAUGAAGGGCGGUACCGUCGAUGGCUUCACCCUGGACAACUCUUUCGGAGAGUUCAUCCUGACACACCCUAACAUGAGGAUGCCAAAGACACGGGCUAUCUACUCGGUGAACGAGGGUAACUCGCUGUUCUGGGAGGACUCUACAAAGAAGUACUUCGAAUCUCUAAAGCAGGCCCAGAGCAACGGAAAGCCCUACAGUGCCAGAUAUAUCGGCAGCAUGGUUGCUGAUGCCUACCGAACGCUGUUGUACGGUGGUAUCUUCGCCUACCCUGCGGACAAGCAGAACCCCAAGGGCAAACUGCGGAUUCUGUACGAGUGUGCUCCAAUGGCAAUGGUUUUCGAGAAUGCUGGUGGACAGGCUGUGAACAGCAAGAUGGCACGCAUGCUGGACGUCGUGCCCGAAGAUAUCCACGACAAAUCCGGUAUCUUCAUGGGCAGCUACGACGAAAUGGAGAAGCUGAAGAGCUUCCACAAGUGA